AAGUGGCUUGUGUUGUAUUUUUGUUUGGCAGGCUUGAUCUUUCGACCUCAGCUUACCUGGAGAAAUUUUGCCAAGUUUUUCAUUGUAACUAGGCUUGGAAACAGGUCAAAUAUCUUCCAAAGCUGUCCGAAGCAAACGGCUCAUCUUUCUUGUGCCUCAUCUAUCUAUUUUCAAGUCGCUAUGGACCCUGCCUACUUAUGUUUAGACUUAACAACGAAACCAAAGCGUGGGCGAAAGCCAAACGAAGAUAAGAAGAAAAGAAGACGACGCAACCGUCCUGGUGCCCACAUCAAACGAGCAAAAACAGGCUAUUUUUAUUUUCUUGAUUAUUUUAGGAAAAAUUAUAACAAAGAUGCAGACCACAUUUCAAAGGCAAGUGAAAUCACAAAGGCAUGUGGCGCAGCCUGGCAAGCUAUGUCAGUGGAUGAGAGGGAACCUUUCCAGAAGUUAGCCCGGAAGGACAGGGAAAGAUACGAGGCAGAGAUGUCGGUGUACAAGAAAGAACGUGAUCCAGACAAGCCAAAGAAGCCACCAACAGCUUACUUCUACUUCCUCGAGGAUUUCCGUAAGGAAAUGAAGGGAAAGACGGUGAAGGGUAAGAGGGUGACAGAACUUUGUGGUGAACAGUGGAACCAGCUGACUGAUGAACAGAAACGACCCUACAUGGAAAGGGUGGCGGUACAGUACAAGAAAUACCAGGAGGCAAUGGAAGUAUAUAGGCAAAAGAAAGCGAUGGAGGCUAGUGCAGGAGCAGCAAAUCCUCCGAUGCAAGUGCCACAGGCCAAUGUCCAGAUGAUGGGAAACGAGGGGGCAAAUCAUUCUACCAUUGGUACGGAGGAUGAGGAGUUUGACGAUGAAGACGAGGACGAUCUGGAAGAAGAUGAGGAAGAUGGAGACGAAUAGAUCAAGCAACCAUAUAUUGUUUAGUCUGUAUACAUAGUACUUAGUUCUCCACAUAUGGUUUUGAAUACCAUAUUUGGAUGUGUGCUUAACCAUAUAUGGGUUGAAACCAUAUAUGGAGUUGAUUUUCUACUUGAGUGGGAUGCUCAAUUUUGAAAGUUGAGAGUUUCAAUAUGUAUGGGUAGUGUGUGAGAGAGACUUACUCUUCUGUACAGUUUAUAGAAACAAACAAAAAAUAGGAGUUCAUUAAGGUGAGUAAAAAUGUACAAUAUCGGUACAAAUCUUGGUAUUUUCAGGAAUUGAUAUGGCUGUGAUGAUUAGAAUAUUUCCAGGGUCUCUCCUUUGAAUAUGAAAAGAAAAAACAGAGUUUUAACUCAGAAAAAGUUUUCCAAAAUUGAUAUAUAUUUAAACAUUUUACUGACAAAGGUAGUGUAAGGAUCUUAAUUUUUUUUUUCUUUUGGAAUUGGUCAAGAGGGAAGGGAGGGUGGAAAGAUUUUCCAUAUUGUUUGUCAGCAUAUAAGGUUGCAAUUUCAAUGUCCGAUAGAGAUGUGUGGAGAUGUUUCUUGCAAUGCUAGACCAAGAAUUAUAGUGAUGGAGUGACGUUUAUUACAUACACAAAAUUUAACGUUAGAACCAUCUCUUUUAUAUGGGAGACAGACAUCAGAGCCAAAGUUAUGAAUGUACUUAAUUUGGUAUAAAGAUGUAUUGAACUUAUACCAGUGGUACUACAACGGGUAUCAAUAAGAUUGGGUUUUUUUUAUGUUUUUUGAAUAGACCAUGGGUUGAUAAUCAAUUGAAGAAUCUUUAUAGUAAAAUCAGUGAAAACUGAAUACUUAAAUAACUUAAUUUUAUAAUUAGGGGGCUUUUUAAGGUUUCACAUUAGGUGGUAUACCUUUUUUUUUUUAAGGACAAUAUUUCUAGUUUUUUUUAAAGUUUUUACAAUUCACCGCAUUUUUUGUGUUGAAAAGGAUUCUGGGAAGGGGAAGCGGUAUACUGUACUUACAACCUGAAGCCAAGUACUGUAGUUUAAGCGAUGAAAAUUAAAUCAUAGAUAUUAAUAAUAUGGACAGGUAUUAUUCGGACCUCCCAUUUCGCCAGCUACAAAUUUUAAACUCGCAAUGAGUUGUUUUUCCAAGCACACAUACAUUCAUAGUUUUUCUCAGGGUUCUUAAUAAUUUUAUCAAAAACACAAUCGAUUUUAGUGACAUGAUUCAAUUUUCGACAAUCAACUUUUCUUGUGUAUUGAAACACCAAAAUUUGUCCUCCAAUGUUGUAUAGGUAAGUUUUCUAAAUUCAUGUGUAAGUAUUCUAUUCACUGCUUUCAGGUCAGCUAACCUAUCUUUGUCUGCGGUCUCAUUGACAAUGCAAAUUGUCUCAAGUCACAACAUAAGCCUUGAGAAAUCUAGUUAAAGAAGCCCAAAAUAUCUGAAUAAAUUUAAAUUGAAGACUCUUUCAUAGAGUGAAGCCAAAUACGUAUUUACAACAAUAUUUUUAAAUGUAAAUAAAUUAUGAUGAAAAGUAUUAGCUUACUUAACGAUACUUUGUUCGCUUUAGAGUCUUAAACUUUCGGAUCUGAUUUAAUAACAUAUGGUAAUAUAAUUGUUGCUUCUCUAACAAUAUUGCCAAUUGCACACUAUUUUCCACAUCCCAAAUUUCUGCUGUUUCCUUAUGUGCUGUUUGUAUCAAGCAGAGUUCUUCUCUAAUUGACACUGCGACUUCCCAUAAAGUUCUAGACAUGUCCAUUCACAUGACUGUAGCAUCCACUGAAAUUUAAACAAUAUUUGUAAUAUCAAAUCAAAAUACACAUUUGAAUUGAACUGAUUACCAGUUUUAUAUGGUUAGGCAGUGACAUAUUGUAUUUCCUGUCUUUUUUUCCAAAUGCUGUCUUGUCUGUUAUUUUCUAUUUAGCACAAAUAUGUUCUGGCAUAUACACAUUAAAAGUUUCUUGCCAGCGUAUCAUGAAAAUAUCUGGUGAUUAAAACCAGAAAAUAUUUAGCUGUCCAUGCGUUACCAUCUCAGCUAUAAAACUAAUAUGUUGUGUAUACAUCAUUGUCAAAUUUAACCUUUUACACAAUAUGUAUUUUCAUUGAGUAAAUCUUCAUUAUUUGUUAUGAAGUAAACAAGAUUGAUUUAAAGACUGCAUCAUUAGGGUAAAUUCUCAUUAUUGAAGAUCGUAAUUAAGAGAAAUUACAAUGACAUCAACUCUAUUUCAACUGUGGUUCAAUACUUUCAAAUUCUAUGUUUCUUUGUGGAACAAUCAAAUCUUGCAAGUCUAAGCAACUCAGUUUAUCUAUGCUUUAGUUUUUGAAAUGACAACUAAGUGACAAAUAGUAAAGAUGAUCAAAUAUUGUUAUACUGCCCUCUAAUGCCAGAAACUAAUGACUUGUAAAAGAUACAAACAGAUAAAAAAUUGUUAAAUUAUGCUGUUUUAAGAGUUAUUGUAAUUCACUAUAUCAUAUUUUUGAUUCUUUUAUGGAAUUUUUAACAUAAAAACUAGUAAUUAAUAUAUCACUGAAAUAUUACAGGUCCAAGGCAUUGAGAUCAAAUCCUAUAGUGUCCAUGCAAAGUCACUUUUUCCCUUCUUCCCUUCGAUAAUAAAUGGUGAUCAGCUACUAUUGUUUAACAACCUCAAAUAGUUCCUCUAAUCUAACUCACGCAGACUUGUUCUUGGUUUCUGUUACACUCAAAGAUGCCCACAUAUUAUUGCCAUUAGCUGCUUCUUUUAUUGUCUUCUCCUGACGGAUUUCCCCAUGAUACAGUAAACAACGACUUUAUUUGGCCAUGUGACCAUUUUUAAAUAUAAAUUCAAAAACUUUGACGUAAGAUAACUGUAAUUAUGUAAUUAUAUUCUGUAGUAUUUGACAAAACCUGCCUUCCUAGCUGAUUUUAGCGACAAUCAUUUGUAAAUCUGUUGUGCGUUUGUAUUUGUAAUGAGUAAUAAUUAUUUCUUUUUUUAUUGAAAGAAAUCAGAUUGAGCUUUUGUAAAAGUUUGUAACGCCAUAAUAUAGUCUAGACCGACAUACUUGUUUGUGCUUCCUUUCAGUGUACUUGUGGUAAGCAGAAUUUUUAGUAUAUCAUUAGAAACAUAAUGUUUUCCUUGUUUACUGGUAACGCAAUUGUGCCUAACAUAUCUAUUGGACAUUAAGUGGUGCUGUUGAUUUUCCUUGAAUUUCAAAAAUAGCUCCCAAAAAUAUUUAGAUGUAAUAUUUAGUAGUUUAAUUGUUUUGUAAGUAUUGCAGAUGUGUCACAAAAUGGUACAGUAGUACAAAGGAGGCAGAAAAUAAAGAUUUUAUUUAUUUAUUUGUUCUGUUAUUAAUUUUAUUGUUAAUUUCCUCAUUGAUUUAAUUACUCAGGGAGAAUCAAUAUUUAAUUGGAAUCAUUUUUGUCACUUAAGACACUGAUUAAUAAAUUUUUGGAUAUGAAGCAUUACCAAAUAUAUUAUUAGGAGGAUAAUUUUAAUUUUACAAACCUCCAAUGAAAAAUUAAUGAAAUUGUUUCCCCGACUAGAAUUUUAUGAGUUGUCAAAGGUAUUUAACUGUAUUUAGUCAACUUACAUUAUCAAUGAAUUAAAUUUUAAGUCAUAAAUGUUCCCAAAGCAUUUUAUCAUCAUAAGGGUUUUACCACAGUGCAUUAUUCAUGAAAAGUAAGUGUUUUGACUUUACUUAUAUAAUGAAUUGUGGUGUACUAUAGAUGAUGUGUAAUGAGAGAAAUA